CCAUCUCUGUGCAUGCAAAUGCAAGCUAAGAUAUAUUGGAAUAACAAUUCAGCAUAGGCACUGUACUACCAGACCAACUCGUAAUGGGAGCUUGUUGGAAUUCUCCCCUCCCUCCAGAGGCGGACAUUAUCAAAAGAAGGCUAGGUACCUACGGAAUUCAACCAUCGCUACCCAAGCCCUCCAACCUAACAGCUGGUGCAGGUUUCAGUAAGGAGGAGAGUCAGCUACGAGACUUGCUAGCCGCAGUACGCACUGGAUUAUUGUUCUCUCCGACCCAGUUCUCUGUCAUGCCUGGAGUGGCCACCACUGGACGAGUGAGCUUCAGCCUGGGGAACACAGAACUCCACAAACUGAUGGAGGAGGACGAGGACAGUGACAGCGAUGAAUUGCCAGAGGCGAUCGUGAUGAAUGAAGACGAAUCAGAAGGAGAAGAGGAGACAGAAUGCUCAAAGGAACGAUAUCCCUUGCAAAUUACUCUCAAGGGGAAGACAUGGUUUAAUGAUCUGACAAUGAAACUUGUAAUACGACCAGUCCUUGGGCCAUUUGCUGGUAGGAAGAUUGUGUUCUUAUGGAGUGGAGCCAGCCUGAGAGUGGCGGGAUGUGAGGGGCUGGAGGCUCAGUGCUUACCAGUGGAGUUUGAGAAUGAGACUCAGUUCUGCAGUUGCUGUCUUCUCCUCUUGUACCAGUCUAUCAUAGCCACGGUGGACGAGGGUGAAGGGGACGGUGGCGAGGAUUCUGAGUCUGGUGGAACUGUUGCUUCUCUGAAGGAUCAGGCUUACAGGACGACUAUUUGUAAUCUGGACCUGGUAUCAGAUUUAUACUCUAUCCCUGCAAAGCUCUAUUACAAUCUGUUUGGAUCUCGUUCACCUGUUAUUGUGGUUGUGAAGCUAUGGCCUGGGGACGUGGCUAGCCGGUUCAAUGCAAACGCAACCAUGAGAGUCAAAUCUCACAUUCUCUUUGCUGAAUUUACAUAUUUAUUGCAGAAGCAUUUUGGUAUUCCAUCCAACUACGUGCUAAAGCUCUACCACAACUUCAAACCAGUGACAGCUACGGAGCUGCUAACAGAGAAGCAUCGACAAAUGGACUGUUUUGUGAUCUGCCCAGCUGAGCCGAGUGAACUGGGAGGAUCGUACACCAGUCUGGACGAGGGGCCCUUUGACAGCAGUUUGUCUCUAGUGACAUCACUAGUAGGACAAAGCAUGAUGAAUGUUGAUGCUGACCUUGACAUGACAAUGAGAGAAUUCGAUACACUUUUGAGAAGUCAGUUCUCCCUCGGACAAAAUAGCUUCCUUGUGAUUGUUUCAGAAGAUGAUUUCUCUCCACAAUACACGUCUGACGACAACUGGCGAUGUACGUAUCCAUUCAACGUUCCUGACACAUCCAUUUCAGCUGGUCUCAGGAGAAGCUUUCGAAAGCUAGCAGUGAGAAGGGCCGGUGCUAGCAGACUAACACAGAGCCAACGAUUCAACCGAUCUGACACUGAGACUAGCAACAGUCUAGCACCACACAUGUGCUCUGUGGUAAGGCUACUCUCCUCAAAACAGCGGCAGUUUCCAAGCAACAACGAUCGCUAUUCACUCGACCUCAAAGAACUCUACACGUCCAUGUCAUUGUACCAACUCUCACUCUCACAGUGUUCUCUACAUACCUACUCUGUAGUGAAGGUAUUCGAAGUGACUGGCCCGCCCAUCCCAGUCACUGUGCGGCAACUAUCAGACUACAAGCAACAAGAUAAAUCAAGACCAGAGACAUGCCUAGCUAACAUUAUGGAUAUCAAUCCUUCGUGGUCGCUCAAUACAUUCCUUCAAUAUGUGGAUACUAUCAUAUCCCCAGGGGCUGGUUACAGACGAACCAGACUGAGUCUCAGUCAUCAUCGUCUGGACGACACCUCCGAGGAGAGUGAGUGGGCGUUGACACUUGGACAACUGUUGAAUGCAUGGACCCCUGCGUGGUGGGGAGUGGGCGGGCGAGCACAACUCACACCACGCGACAUUGAUCCUGCACAGUUCCUACUCAUUGAGAAAUAUUAAUUAAGCUAGAAAAUUAUUAUUAUAAUACUAGCUUACUGUGUGCUCCAUUUUGUACCCUUUACUAAUUAUUAUGUUUGCUCUCUUAUUGCUGUCUUGAUUGAUAAGAGAUCAUGAACACAACAACAA